UAGCUAGAUGCAUACUCCUGUCCCAAUUAUUAUGGUGCAAACAGCAUAAUUUAUUGUCACGAAGUCAACUAAUGUACUUAAACCUUAAGAAUACGACAUAUAUGUAUACACACACUCACAAACGAACUUGAUAGCUUCUUGGUGGUCUUCAAAAGAUUCAUCUCACAGAGCCCCAUAGCUUGUCCCAGAGCUAUCUCCUCUUCGCUUUCUUGAAGAUGAAGGCAAGUAUGAUUUAACUGCAAUUUGAACAUCACAGUGAGGGUGCUUCUUAGCUAAAUCAUCUUUAUCCAUCUGCCAUUCAUUUUAUUUCAUUCCUGCAGCAAAAGAUAGUGAUCAAACUGUGCAUGGACUGCGAAAAAGCCAGAUCAAAGGCCAUGAAGAUUGCCGCCGACGCUCACGGGGUGAUCUCGGUGGCAGUAGAGAUAGAAAAGAAUCAUCUGGUGGUGACCGGGGUCGGAGUCGACGCAGCCUACUUGACGAGGGCGCUGCAGAAGAAGGUCUCUCCUGCCACCAUCGUCAGCGUCACAGUGGUCAAGCCCGAAGAGAAGAAAACAGAAGAUGAGAAGAAGCUGCUUUGGUGCCAGCAGAAGCCGCUUUGCUGCGUUCAGUACCCUGCUUGUAGGGCGGUUUACGAUGAAGAACCGCCUCUUUGCACCAUCAUGUGAGACAGGCCAUUUGAGGCUGUUGAAUUGCGAGAUCUUCUUGAUCUAACUUCGACGCGACAAUGAUGGCUUCGAUCUUUUGACGCAGCCAAUCGGCAAGAAUUCCGCACUAAGUUUGUUGUUUCGGUGAUCCCAACUGAGAAUGUACAGCUUUCUUUGCUAGUACAUGAUGGGAAAAGUUUCUAGUUUUCUUUCGUAUAUUUUCAUGUCUUUUCUAAUCAAAUUCUUGUACUGUCAAUUCAUCUAAUCAAAUCUUUCCACUU